AUGAAAGACAAUAAAUCAACUGACUCAUCGUCUUCUUCGUCUUCGGUAUCUACAGCAUCUUCAUCUUCUCUUUUGAAUCCCAAUUCAACAGCUGUGGACGCUGAUCUUCAAGGCAUCAAUUUAUUGCAAGAAAUCUUCCCAGAUGAAAGUCUAGAGUCGCUAAAAAAAAUCCACGCAACGCGACUACAGAAAUGCCACUACGACAACAUUUCAGCUACAAACAGUAGCGCAGAUCGAGAAAAUUUCCUUGACCAUGAGAGCAAUUCACUUCUUCCAUCUUCUAGUUUGCAUUAUCAAGAUCCUAUUCUCGAAAUGGAAGAGCGCGUUCUUCAUGAUCACCAUCAAGAACAAAGUCCUGCAAAAGCUGGGCGAUCGGAAGAGGAAGAAAUAUACUUCUUUACAGCUGUGGUUUAUCGUGAUUCUCGUGCUGGAGGUCUGGGAAUGACGCUGAACGAGCUGCCAAACGGGGAUGUUCAAGUUUGUGACAUGAAGCCAUCACCAAUGAGUCCUUCUGCCAAUGCUGGGAUCCGCAAGAACGACAUACUGAUAGGAAUCAAUGGAAUUGCCUUUGCUAGAUCCUUUCCAAUCCAUCGCUAUAUUCACCACCACACGACUAGCCGGAUAAAAGAUAUCGUUCUGUCCGUUCAACAAUCCUUAAACCCAAUAGUCUUACACUUCCAAAGGGCGACAAUCGCGCACUCUAGGUCGCUGUUGGACGCUUCUGAUCAAGCAGACGUAAAUUAUGUACGCCAACAACAACAGAUGGAAAAGCAACAAAAGCAACAAAUGGAAGAGGAACAGACAGUGCAUCAAUUUGCAUUUAUCCUUGCACAGCGAAAACUGAUUUCCUCGAAUCAGAAACAGCUCGAGGUGUCUCAGAUAAUACGGAACUUUCACUAUCGUGCACAACAGUGGGAGGCAACAACAUCACUGACAACACCAUCCACUCCAUAUGCUCACAUCUACUCCCAGCACAACCAAGAAAUGGACGUUCUAGAUGGCAUUCGAAAGUCUUUGUCAACUCGAAUAGUUAAUUGUUUCAUCGAAGAAGCAGACAAGGGGAAGGGUGCUGCUAAACUUGCCUAUACAAUAUGGGUGUAUGAUGUGGAAUCAGGGAAAGAGUGGUACGCUCCACUUCGUUAUUUCGAAGAUUUUGAAGAUUUGCGAGCAACUGCGAAUGCAUUGGCACCCAAAGAGUGCAAGAUUUCUGAAUUGCCUUUUCCUAUGGUUACAUCAAUUUGGGAUGCCUUGACCUCACGCCGUCAAGACGUUUUGGACGAACAAGUCCAGCAAGAAUCAUGUAGGAAACUUGAGUUUUUUUUACGUGUCCUGUGUAGACUAGUCUACACUUCACCUGUGGUCAACGCCAACGUGGCAAAAAUUGCCAUUCAUGUUCAAUCCUUCUUGGGAACAGAGGCAGGACUCUCUUCUACACAGUCGGACAAGGGCCAUUUUCAGUCGAUGACAUCAUCUAUGGACUAUCAUUCUUGGAACGUUCGACAGCUGUUGAAGAGGAGUCUGCAGCGGUAUAUGUGGAGGUUGUUUCAGCUCGAUAUCAUGCAAAGGAUUGUGAACGAUUUUGUAGAUGCGACCAGGGCUAGGACGCCGUCCCUUAAAGAAAUCGAAACACUGGAGGCGCAAGGCCGAGACAAGUUGAAGGGACAUUCGAUGAAGGAACUGAAAGAUAUCAGAGUAUUUCUUGAUGAGUUGGUCGAUUUAUUGUUAGAAGGCUGCCUGUCAGAGAUGAAACUGAUAUCGGAACGCCCUGAAUACGAAGCACUCAGGGAACAGUUUGCAAAUGAUGAAUCAAAAUUGAAUCGCUUGUCUCGCGAAGCAACAAGGGAGCAAGUCGAAAUAGAAGUCUAUGUUCCCCUCAGAAGUGUCGUUUCUCGAUUGCUUGUUAAUGGCUGGCGGCAUGACGACAUGGAAGUCCAGCUGAAAAGCAAAGAACUUAUUAAGCGACCUCAGUCCGAGGGAACAUUUCGAAUUCCUCGUGAAAGCAUCAGCCCAUCACAGUGGGAAUCAGUUGCAUUCAUUCUGAGAAGCGGCUUGGGAAACAGUACCUUACCCUGUAUAAAGCUGCAGGCAAUUGUUGAUGCGGCGAGGGAAGUUUCUCGACUGCAUGCAGAAGAGCACAGGGGAAAAGAUUUGGUCGGGGCUGAUGAUUUUUUGCCGGUCUUCAUCUUCUGUGUUGUCAAGGCAAAUCUUGAACGACCAUGCGCUCUUUGUGUCUUGUUGAGCACACUUUGCGACAAAAUGAAUGCGAUUGGUGAAAUAGGCUACUUUCUGGCGUCUUUCGAGGCGGUGAUUGCUCACCUUCAGCAACUUAACCCCGAAGAGGAUAUCGACGAAGUGUCCAGUACUGGAUUGAGCGAUGUUUCUUUGAACGAAUAG